AUGCCCAAACGCGGCAGGCAAGAUGGGGGCGACGAUGAGCAGUCCGCCCGUAAGAGCAAGAGAGUACAGCAGAACAAGGAGGAAGAGAUCCGAAAGAAGGAGGAGGAGCUCCGGAAGAAGGAGGAGGAGCUUCGAAAGAAGGAGGAGGAGCUCCGAAAGAAGGAGGAGGAGCUCCGAAAUGAUAAGACUAAGGCAAUGCUGAAACGUCAUGUCGACGGCGAAAACAAGGAGUACUGGGAGGAUGUUCUGAAGGACCUUGCGGACCAGGAGAAGAAACUAGAGAAGGAGAGGGAGGAGCUCCGAAAGGAGAAGAAGGAGGAGGAGCUCCGAAAGAAGGAGGAGGAGCUCCGAAAUGAUAAGACUAAGGCAAUGCUGAAACGUCAUGUCGACGGCGAAAACAAGGAGUACUGGGAGGAUGUUCUGAAGGACCUUGCGGACCAGGAGAAGAAACUAGAGAAGGAGAGGGAGGAGCUCCGAAAGGGUUGGAAAGGUCUCCCAGAGAGAGAGAACCACAUCGCUUGGAAGGAGAUAACUCGGAAUCGUGACGCGGGGGGGUAUAUGGAGGAGCGCAAGUUUUUCUGUCUCGAUGGGACGUUUUGGGAUCAGAAGAGCUCUGGACAAGAAAGGCAGCGGGUGCUCUACUGCAGGGAAUGCUUCAAGGAGCAGUGGGAUUUCAUUAAAGAGAGAGUGUGUGAGGCCGGGUGUCUGGGUUGGAUCCUAGGCCCUCCAGGGACGGGGAAGUCGACGACGACCAUGUCCUUUAUACAAUCGCUGAGCAUGGAGGAGGGAUGGAUGGUGAUGUGUGUGCGGCUGUGGAAGUGGAGUUCAGUUCAAGUGCUACAAGUUGAUGGUGGAGUUUUGAGAAUCGCUGAAUUGCCACGCAAUGGUGCAGAAGAUAUGCUGAGAAGGGUCCUAAGAGAAUGGUCCCGGAGCAAGAAGAAGUAUCUUGUGUCCUUGGACGGUUACCAAGAGAGUAGCCCCCUUGUUGAUGACUCUGAUAACCCCCCACUCCCCCCCCCUGCAUUUACAAUCCCUUCACCUCCAAUAUAA